AUGGCUCCCAACAAAAGCCCCCGAACAAAACACGACCCGACCAAGAAGCGCAAACGGGAUCUUGCCGAGAACGACUCCAGAACGAAGCGACAAAGAGCUGACAAAAAGGCAGCCAAGGCCAAUGGAUCAAGCAAGAGCAAGAGUGGGGUUGUUUCUGAGGUGGCCGAGAUCUCUGAGGCUUUGACAGAGACCGGUCCUAGAGAAAUUGAGAUUGUUCGCCAAUUCGAUAAUACAGAUGCAGGAUGGCGCGUCUCAAAGCCUAUGGGCGGCAGAAUGCUUGAUAUCGACCCUGUGAUUACAGAGGAUGAACAAUAUCUCAUUCUGGCCUACAACACCUCGAUCCAGGUCUACUCAGCAGUCGACUCACUCCUCGUUCGAAGAAUCCCAAUCACAGCAGCCGAAGCCUCCGAUGAGAAGACAUCAGCUCCCGCGCAUAUUGUCGCCAUGCGUCAAUCGAAGCAGAACUCCGAUAUCCUCUGGGUAGCCACCUCGGACGGUCAUGUCUACCAGGUUAACUGGACGACCUCCAAGACACCUGAGUCCUUCCAGACACAGUCCAAGACCGCCAAUGCCAUGGCCCUCGUAACGAAGAAGGUUUCCGGCAAGGAUCAAGAGAUCAUUUUUGUGGCAGAGUCGGAUAAGCCUGGCCGAAUCGAAGUUGUCGCAUACCCAGCCGCAACAACAGAGUCUGAGCACAAGGUCAUUUUCGUUAUGAAGAAGCAUGGCAAUGGCCUGCAACUUCUCGAGACAAGCGAGGAUGGACAUCUGGUUGGCGCAAUCAACGACCGUCUCUUCUUUGGCAUUCCUUCUCAGGAUCAGUUCGACAGCCUUUCCGCAUUCAACUACGAGAUUUACACUUUCGAUAUUCCCGAUCUAGUCACCUCACUUGAUCUCCGGGUGUACCAAAGACCAGUCGGAAAGAAGUCGCGAAACCUUGAUGCGCCCGUUUUGGAUAUCGUUGUUGGUGGCGCCCGUGGUCAAAUCUACCUCUAUCGCGAUGCCCUUGCUAGAAGCCAGGCACUUGCCAAUGGAGCUGAUAAGACACCUAUUCAAGCGCAGAACUUCCACUGGCAUCGCAAAGCUGUGCAUUCCGUAAAGUGGUCGCACGAUGGUAACUAUCUGAUCUCAGGAGGCUCAGAAAACGCCCUUGUUCUGUGGCAGCUGGAUACAGGAAAGAAGGAUUUCCUUCCCCAUCUCGCUGGUAGCGUGGAGAACAUCACACUUUCUGCCAACGGAUCCUCAUACGCUGUUCAUCUCGAUGAUAACUCGGUCAUGGUUCUCUCGACCGCCGAGAUGAAGCCCACCGCAUACAUCGCUGGUAUUCAGUCAGCCGCGAUCAACGUCUCUACACCUAAGGACCAGCUUGUCCAGCGAGUAUGGACAACCCCUACACAUAUCCAGCGACCUAUCCCAGCCGUCAUCAACCCUAAGGAUCAGUCAAGGCUUCAUGUGUGUGUUGGUAACGGUAGCCAGGCCACUAUGGCAGGAGGCUUCUCCGCUCCAUUGUUGCAAACAUUCGAUCUCGACAGUUUCCGCAGUGUUUCCAAGCAGGCUUUGGCUCGAUCACAGCCAACAGACGUUAACAUUACCAACAAGGGUCACCCCAUUGAAGAGCCCCUUGUUACUCACUUAACUUUCUCUGCUGAUGGAGCAUGGCUUGCCAGCGUGGACACUUGGGAGCAAUCGGCUCGUGACGUGGACAACGUAACCAACGAUAGCAGAGAUCAGCUUAUCGAGGAGCGACGUGAGGUUUACCUCAAGUUCUGGGAAGCGCAACAGGGCGAAGAGCAGAUCGCGCUUGUUUCCAGAAUCAACGCUCCCCAUGCUACACACCGCAACGAAGCUGUUCUUGACUUGACCUCAAAUCCUGUUUCCACUGGCUUCGCUACGAUCGGUACCGAUGGCAAUGUUCGUCUGUGGCGCCCCAAGACCAGGUCUCAGGACGGAGUUGUCGUUAAGGGACCUGAUGGUCGUGAGAUUUUCACAUGGAGCUGUUCACAGAUUAUCCCAGUUGGCGAUGGUAUUCCUCAAGAUGAUAUGGUUGAUAUUCCCGAGACUUCUGCCCAACAGCAGCCUCAAGGAAAAAUCGCAUUCUCAGAGGAUGGCUCUGCGCUCUUCGUGGCUUACGGAACAGCUGGUUUCGGUGCGGUCCACGUGAUUGAUGCUGCGUCAGGCGAGGUGGUUAAGACCCUUGAGGGCCAGUGGAAGGGGCAAUUGCGAUCUGUCCAAGCGCUUUCGCCUUUCGUCAUUAUUCUGUCCGAUGAGCUGCGUGUUUACGAUGUGGUUAGCGACGAGUUACGAUAUGGUGUUGUGAUUCCCAAGGUCAAGGGCAUUGCCCUGCUUCAACUGGCCGUCGACCAUACCUCAGGACACUUCGCCCUGGCUCUGCCUGCCAAGGAGGGAUCUCUACUCGCAAUCUUCGAGCCUGAGUAUAUUGAGCCUUUGAUUGUGCGUAGCACACCUCAAAGAGUUGUUAGUCUGAUCUCCGCCCCCGAGACCAGCGGCUUCAUCGCCCUCGAUGACGCUGCUCAAGUCUGGGUCGUUGCUGAAGGAUCAAACUCUUCAUCCCUUGCCACAAUCCAGCCACUUGAGGACCUCCUCCUUGAUGGUAUCGAAGUCGACAGCAAGGAAGUUAACCUCAUUGAUGAGGACGAGGAUAUGGCCAGCGAUGCCGAGGAUGAGGCCGGAGACGUAGCUGAGCCCGAAGACGUUGAGAUGGGAGACGACGACGAUGACGACUCUCACCCCAGCGUGUUCGCGCAACAAAAGUUGUCAGACAUCUUCGACUCUGCACCAGCGUUCGCCGCCCCUCCAAUCGAGGACAUGUUCUACAAAGUGAUGGGCCUACUCGCCACAAAGCCUUUAUCAGCAUCAUGA